UUGCAGUGAACAUGGACCCUGCAGAGCUGAAGAAGCUGCGGUCCAAGCAGCGCAAGGCGGCCAAGAAGGCGGAGCAGAGCAAGGCAGAGGAGAAGCGGAGAGAGGAGAAGAAGGCGGAGUACCAGAAAUACAAGUCUGGAGGGAAUAUGGAUGAACAAGAGAACAAAAAUGUACAAGAUUUAAUACCAAGCAAGUUAGAACAGACGGAGGACCCCCUGGGAGAAGCCAUCCAUUUCCUGAAGCCUCUCCAGUCACUAGCGGCAAAUAGAAUCCAGACUCACUUAAUGGCCUUCGAAAUAUAUCUCCGUAAAGACAAACCUCUACUUAUGCUGCAGCCAGAUCUCAUCAGGUUCAUGUAA